GAGAAAGACAGCACAUAUUUCUCCGUGGGACACUCCUCAUAUUGGUGGGUGAGAAAUGGGCGACUGGAGUUUCCUGGGGAACAUCUUGGAGGAGGUGAAUGAGCACUCCACUGUCAUCGGCAGAGUCUGGCUCACCGUGCUUUUCAUCUUCCGGAUCCUCAUCCUUGGCACGGCCGCGGAGUUCGUGUGGGGGGAUGAGCAAUCCGACUUCGUGUGCAACACCCAACAGCCUGGCUGCGAGAACGUCUGCUACGACGAGGCCUUUCCCAUCUCCCACAUCCGCCUCUGGGUGCUGCAGAUCAUCUUCGUCUCCACCCCGUCCCUGAUGUACGUCGGGCAUGCGGUGCACUACGUCCGCAUGGAGGAGAAGCGCAAAAGCCGUGAGGCAGAGGAGCUGGGCCAGCAGGCGGGGGCUAACGGCGGUGAGAGGGGGCCCCUCAGCCCGGACCAGGGCAACGUCAAGAAGAGCAGCGGCAGCAAAGGCACCAAGAAGUUCCGGCUGGAGGGGACCCUGCUGAGGACCUACAUUUGUCACAUCAUCUUCAAGACCCUCUUUGAAGUGGGCUUCAUUGUGGGCCACUACUUCCUGUACGGGUUCCGGAUCCUGCCUCUGUACCGCUGCAGCCGGUGGCCCUGCCCCAAUGUGGUGGACUGCUUUGUGUCCCGGCCCACGGAGAAGACCAUCUUCAUCCUGUUCAUGUUGUCUGUGGCCUCUGUGUCCCUCUUCCUCAAUGUGAUGGAGUUGGGCCACCUGGGCCUGAAGGGGAUCCGGUCUGCUUUCAAGAGGCCCGUCGAGCAGCCCCUGGGGGAGAUUCCUGAGAAAUCCCUCCACUCCAUUGCUGUCUCCUCCAUCCAGAAAGCCAAGGGCUAUCAGCUCCUAGAAGAAGAGAAAAUAGUUUCCCACUAUUUCCCCUUGGCCGAGGUUGGGAUGGUGGAGACUGCCAAGCCUUUCAAUCAGUUCGAGGAGAAGAUCACCACAGGACCCCUGGAGGACUUGUCCCGGGGCUACCAAGAGACACUGCCUUCCUAUGCUCAGGUGGGGGCGCAGGAAGUGGAAGGCGAGGGGCCGCCUGCAGAGGAGGGAGCUGAACCCGAGGUGGGAGAGAAGAAGCCAGAAGAAGAGAGGCUGACCACGGAGGAGCAGGAGGAGGAGGCUGUGCCAGAGGGGGAGGAAGUAGAGACCCCCGGAAUGGGGAAGGAGGGUGAAAAAGAAGAGCUGCAGUCGGAGAAGGUGUCAAAGCAAGGGCUGCCAGCUGAGAAGACGCCUUCACUCUGUCAAGAGCUGACAACAGAUGAGGCCAGACCCCUGAGCAGGCUGAGCAAAGCCAGCAGCCGAGCCAGGUCAGAUGAUCUAACCGUAUGAAGUGAUGCCAAA